AUGAAGCUGGUCAAGGUCGACUCUGGUGUCGUGGGAGCGGAACCAGAGAGAUUCAACAGUUCCUUCCACACCGAAGCUGAAGCACCAAUACUUCUCCCUCCAACUGAGAUUCCCUAUUCCUUCGAGCGAUGGCUACCACUGAUAUCUCGCACACAAAACAUCCCUUCGUCCUCGAUCCAAGUUAUCACCCUUUCACGCUCACAAGGCAAUCUUCUCCUUAAAGCUUCGCAAAGUUCACUUAUCCGGAGAGAGACUAGUCGCAUGUACGCCGAGGAUCUCGACGAUGAGAUUAAACCUACUCUCUCAUCCCUAAUAUUUCCCCCGGGAGGUUUAUUUCUUCGCUUUGCGGCGUGUUCUCCAAAGGAUGGUGUUGGUGGAACAACCCCGCUUCGUACAGUCAACGACAUACUUUUGCGCAUUGCGACCUCGUUUAGGGCAACAAAUUCGAUUCGAAAUAUCCUUGAUACAGAUGCGACCGGAAUUAAGCUUUUAUUUCUCCCGCACAAUUCACGGAUGGAGACCGCUCGGGAAUAUCGCGUUUUCUGCCCUCCGCCAUCAGGGUUGAUUGCUGCUCUAUCGCAGUACAAAUGGCAUCAACCAUCAAAGUUUCAUGAUAGAGACCCCGAUGAUAUUGAGAAAACUAUACAAACUAUCAUGAUGGGAACCAGAAGGAUCCAUACGGAGAUCCUAAAAGAACUCGGAAAUCCAGGAGCAUGUAAGGUGGCCGAGCUAGUCUUACAACAGGGAUUCACGUUCGAUAUAUCUUUUGACGAGGAAACCGGACGAUCUUAUCUUGUUGAGUUAAACGCGUUUGGAACUAGAUCUGGGUGUGGUUCUUGUCUCUUUCACUGGUUGACGGAUAACGCUCAGCUAUAUGGAAGAGAGCAGGACGUGGAGUUUCGAAUUUCGAUUUAA